AUGACCGAGGCAGCGCUGGUGGAGGGCCAGGUCAAGCUGCGGGACGGCAAGAAGUGGAAGAGUAGGUGGCUGGUGCUGCGCAAGCCAUCGCCGGUGGCAGACUGUCUGCUGAUGCUGGUCUACAAGGACAGGUGUGAACGCUCCAAGGGCCUUCGGGAGCGCAGCAGCCUCACCCUGGAGGACAUCUGCGGCCUGGAGCCUGCCUUGCCCUACGAGGGCCUGGCCCACACUCUGGCCAUCAUCUGCCUGUCUCAGGCCGUCAUGCUGGGCUUCGACAGCCACGAGGCCAUGUAUGCCUGGGAUACUCGGAUCCGCUACGCGCUGGGCGAGGUGCAUCGAUUCCACGUGACGGUAGCUCCUGGCACCAAACUGGAGAGUGGCCCAGCCACCCUCCACCUCUGCAAUGACAUCCUGGUCCUGGCCAGAGACAUCCCUCCAGCUGUCACAGGGCAGUGGAAGCUUUCUGAUCUCCGGCGUUAUGGGUCUGUACCGAAUGGAUUCAUCUUCGAAGGCGGGACCAGGUGUGGAUACUGGGCUGGAGUCUUCUUCUUGUCCUCAGCUGAGGGAGAGCAGAUCAGCUUCCUGUUUGACUGCAUUGUCCGAGGCAUCUCCCCGACCAAAGGCCCCUUUGGGCUUCGGCCAGUUCUCCCAGACCCGAGUUCUGGGGGGCCCUCAGCCUCAGAAGAGCGUGUUGCCCAGGAGGCACUGGAAGCCCUGCAGCUAGAGAAGAGACUCAGCCUGCUUUCACACUCUGGCCGGCCAGGCAGUGGAGGGGAUGACCGAAGUCUAUCCAGUUCCUCUUCUGAGGCGAGCCACUCAGACAUCAGCGCCAGCAGCCGGCUCACUGCGUGGCCAGAGCAGUCCUCGUCCUCAGCUGGCACGUCACAAGAAGGACCAGGGCUGGUGGCUGCCCAAGGCCCAGGAGAAGCCACGCUGGGAGCCUCAAGGCCACCCCUCAAGCCACUGCGGCCUCGGCAGUUACAGGAGGUUGGCCGCCAGAGCUCCUCUGACAGUGGCAUCGCCACAGGCAGCCACUCCUCCUACUCUGGCAGCUUCUCGUCCUAUGCUGGCAGCAACCUGGACGUGUGGCGGGCUGGUGAGGAAUUUGGUUCUCUCCUCAGCCUGCCCCCUGGAGCCAGCGCCCCUGAGCCCAGACUGUGCGCCUGCCCGCCUGGGGCGGCCGAGUAUCAGGUGCCCACUUCAUUGCGACACCACUACGACACACCUCGAAGCCUGCGCCAGGCCCCCAGAGACCCAAGCCCAGCUGCCCAGGGCAGCUCUGACCACAGUUCAGCCACAGACUUGGGAGGUCAGGCACCCACGGGGUGUCCCUCCAGUUGGCUGGGAGCUCGGCGACGGGGACAGGCGACGGAAGGGCCAGGCAGUGAAGCUGUGUCACCCAGUCCAUCCCCUGGCGAGUCCUGGGAAGCAGGCAGCCCCCAUGCAGGGCCAUCUCCAGCUUUCUUUUUGUCAUGUUCAAUCUGUGGCGGACUCAAGGUCGUGGCUACUUCAUCCCCUGGACUCACUGUGACACAUCCAGGCUCUCCAGGGCCCAUGGCUGCUGACAGCCCCGGGCCUGAGCGACCACACAGCGAGACGUCCACGUAUGUGAAUAUCCCCGUCAGCCCCACCUCCAGACUGCAGCUGCACUACAUGGACCUGGAGCUCCCAGGGGCCAGCGGGGGUGUGCGAGGGGCCAGCACCUCCCGCUAUGCCCAGAUUGACAUUGCAGCUACAGAGACGGCGCAUCGCGUUGGGGUCCGGCACGCGCAGACUCGGGAGGAACGAUUGCCGGAGUUGGAGCAGCGGAAGAAGGGUCCCUGA